CGCUUGUUGUGCAGUUAUGAUUUGAUUGCCGAGCCGGGCUGGGUUGUUUAACCACCGACAAACGAGACACGAAACGAAGCGACGAGGAGACGAGAGAGCCAGAGAUGUUAAGCAGACUCUGAGUAACAGAGAGGGACAGACACACACAGCGAGAGAGACAGAGACACAGAGAGAGAGAGCGCGUGUUAGUGCGGAGCGGAGCGGAGAGCGACGCGACGGCGGGCAGCAAAAGAACUGAAGAAAUAUCGACGUGUCUAGUUAGCGAACCAAUCUUCAAAUCUAUUUCGAACGUCGAGUUGAGAGGUCCUCCUAUUGGAUCAGCGUCGUCGUCGUUCCCUCGUUAAUCGUCUAUCGCUUACCGCCUGACACUCAGAGACUUGAGAGAUACAGAUACGGCCGUGUUCGUCAGAUGAGUACACGAAUUUAUUAAGAAACCAAACGCAAAGUGAAGCAAUCGAAUCAGUGCAACGUCGCUUCUGGCACCUGCAAGAAGGAGACACAGUUUAGUGCUUUGAGCGAUACCAAAGUGACAAGUAAUACCCGCCAGACCGAAGCUUAAAUGCUCUGUCCUCCUACCAUGCGUCCGGCCAGCCCCGCCGAAUCGGAGAUCUCCGUCGGAGGAGCUCCCAGCCCGCUGCCCACGCAGCUCCAGCACCAGCACCAGCCUCAUCCGCAUGCCCACCAGCUGCACCAUCCGCGUGCCAGCACCAUCGACUUGCUCCAGCAGCAGCAGUUCCUGAUGCAGCAUCAUGCGGCCGCCGCAGCCGCUGCUGCCGCCGGACUCACCCGCGGGGCCGUCGGCAGUCUGCCGGAGGACUACUUUCAGCCGCUAAAGCGCUUGCGCAUGUCCUCCUCCUCGUCGGAGCCGCGGGAACACACGCCCAGUCCACCAGCCCUGGCUCCGGCACCCACCGCCGCCGACUCCCAGCCACAGACAACCACCAAGGCGGCCAUUGAGGGCGUCAAGAGCUUUUCCAUUGCCGACAUUUUGGGGCACUCGCAAAAACAGCGCUCGGACUCGGUGUCGCCACCGCCGGCUGCCACACUGCUGGCCCCACCCGCCAAUAGGGCAACCGCUGGUCUCCUCCAACCCCGCACCGAGCCCUUGGAGGCACAUCACGCGGCGGCCGCCAUGCUCCUGCCCGGAGGCCAGAUUGUCCGCCCCUGGGAUCACCUGCUUGGCCCCAUGCCCGUGCGCCCCUUCAUCCCCUCAGCCCUGCUCCACUACGAGCAGCGCCUGGCCCUGGACUACCACCGACAGCUGCAGGAGCACUUCAACGCCCAGGCCCAGCUGCUGCGCCACAUGGGCAUGGACAUCAUUCCCUCGGAGAGCGGCUCGGACCGCUCCAGCUCCGCGGCCAGCGAUUGCUGUUCUCCGGAGAUUUCCCGGGACUCGGCCGCUGCCGCCGCCGCCGCUGCUGCCCGCCGCAGCCACAGCCCGCAGUCGUCAGCCCAGGUGACGGCUGAACGAGAGCGACACCACUCGGCCGGAUCGGCGAGUGCCUCCAGUCCGUCCCAGAGCAGCGGUGGACCCAGUGCGUCCAGUGGAGGAAACGCGGCCGCAGUCGCUGCUGCCGCUGCCAAGGCCAAGGCCAAUGGCACGCCCCUGGAUGCCCUGUUCCAGAUGACCACCAAGGAUUUCGACGAAUCUCAAGACAAGUCCCAUUUGGACAUAUUCUCGAACAGGCCGCAGCCGAAGAAGAAACGCAAGUCCCGCACCGCCUUCACCAACCACCAGAUCUUCGAGCUGGAGAAGCGCUUCCUCUACCAGAAGUAUCUGUCGCCCGCCGACCGGGAUGAGAUCGCCGCCUCGCUGGGGCUGUCCAAUGCCCAGGUGAUCACCUGGUUCCAGAACCGGCGCGCCAAGCAGAAGCGCGACAUCGAGGAGCUGAAAAAGGACUUUGACAGCGUUAAGGUCUUCUCCGCACACAAGUCCUUCCUGGAGAACGUCAACGAUCUGAGCAUCCUCAAGAAGAAGCCCAUGCAUGAGGCGGAUAUGGUUGGACUGGCGGCUGCUGCCGCCGCCGCGGGAAUGGUGACGGUUCAAGUCCCCGGAUCGGCUGCCUCGUCGCUGGGCGGUGCACCACCCAAAUGAAGGCGCGGCCUGGUGCGCAUAGAACCGCAUAUGCAACCUGAUAAAUGGUACAGAAAGUGAGCAACGAGGAGUCGAGUAUUUUGUUUAAUUUUGAGUCGAGUGCGAGGGAGUCGGGGCGCAAGCAGAAUUUCCCGACCCAGCACUGGGCUUAGGCCCCGGGAAGCACAAGGACAUCCUGAAGUUCUUCCGAGGCCAAUAAAGAGGGCAAAGGCAAAGUGUAAGGCCAGCCAACAACUGAGAGAGUAACUCAGCCAGGACCAAGGUCACCUGUUGGCCAGCGAAUACGCCAAAACCCGGACCUGGACCACGCUCAGCACUGAGCCAGAGCUCAUCAUCACAUCGAUAGGACACACACACACCCAAACGGCUCUUUUCA